AUGGCAGUGUACUUCAAGGUCGGCAACGACAAGGUGGCCUGCUGGGUGCUGGUCUACGUUGACGACCUACUCGUUGUCAGCAGUAGUGCCGAGAUGCUGAAGGAGCUGAAAGAGCUGAUGGAGGCCUCCUUCGAGCUGCGGAAGAUCUCGCCGGUGCAGAAGAACCUCGGGCUGGAGAUCGUACGCGACAAGCCGACGAGGAAGCUAUGGCUGCACCAGCAGGGCUACGCCGACAAGCUGCGAAGGCGGUUCAUCGACAAGGAGCAGACCGGGCGCACCUCGAAGACGCCGGUCUCGGUCGACGCCUACGCCGAGCUGACGUUCGAUGACGAGGAGGCGCAGGAGCGCCAGGAGGAGGAGUACCGGCAGAAGGUCGGAUCGCUGCAGUUCGCGGCGACAACGACGAGGCAAAACAUCCCCUUUGCCUGCAGCAAGCUGGGGAGCGGCCUCACGCGCAUCAAGUGCGCGACGCUGUCGUCGACCGAGUCGGAGUACGUGGCGGCCACGGAAGCCGGCAACGAGGGACAUCGCCUUCGCUUCCUCCUCGCAGAGUUACAACAGCUGGAUGCCGGGAAGCCGACCGUCCUUCGGGUGGACAACAGGUCGCCCAUCACAGUCACCGAGGGCAUGGGGUUGACGGGCAACUUCAAGCACAUGGAGCGGUGA